ACUUGAGCCAGUCGUCCCAUGAUGGCUGUGCUGUAGCGACGGAAGAAUGUCUGUGGCAUGUUGAAGAAGGGUACAUAAAGUGAGAACGCACCAAGACCGAGUCCCCAGUUACCCGUCACCACUUCCCUCCCCGGUUGGGCCGUCGAUUCCACCAGACAUGCCUUCGGCAACAGCGGAGCACAACUGGCAAGACAUGCCAUGCGUGUCAAUAAACGGCAUGCUCGUCCGAGUUCAAAUAACGUUUGACACGGAGCAGUCUCGACCGCAAAAUCGCGAGCUCACAUACGGCGAGGGGUCUGAUCCCGAGUCUAUGGAAUCAGCAGCAAUCACCGCAGCCGCAGGCCUCGUCGCCCGAAUCUUCCAUCAUUUCCUUCACAAUAGACUAUCCGAUUCAACGCAAACUUACCAUGCUAGGUGUAUCGUCUUGGACCGCCCGCCACCAGGAACCGAAUUCUAUUCUCACCACGGCGUCGCAGAGGGGUCUGAUAGGCCGUCGGAUACCGCCAUGCUCGAUGGAUCCGAACACUAUCCUUGGGACAAUAUGUCGGACAUUGACGGCGAUUCAGCGGCAGAGAUGUUCGACGGCAGGGAGUGCGCCGACUUUCACGGCACAGAAUGUACGGCAGAACGGCACAUAAGCCAGGCGUGCGGUUUUGGGACUCCCUGCGGCGUACCAAUCACCGAUGGGUCGCUCGAGGGCCUCAAACGACAUCUGUUGGAAUACCACAGGGCGGAUCUCCCUCGCAGUGCAUACAAGGAUUCUGGGGCCGAUUGCUGAACGCAUCAAGACGACGAUGUGAGUACUGAUUCGAGGGACACGGAAGAGUUCUCGUAGAAGGCAGCGCACCUUGGCGUUACGGUCGCGACGAGUUCGUU